ACGACGAAAUAAAAACAACAAACGGACGGACGUUCAAAUCAUUUAUUUUCGCGAGCGCACGUUGUUGUUUUCGGACGGCGUACUUUGCGGUUUGUGGCGCGCUAGAACACCAUUGACUACGGAAAAGGUCAUUACGCGGAGGAGCCUCGGCUGUUGUGUGUUGUGGAAAAAUCAAUUCACUCGCGUGACGAAAUAAGUUGGCACCAUGACUGUGGGAACGUUUGAUGCGUGGGAUGCGGCCGUGUUGAUAAGCAUUUUGAUCAUUUCGGCACUGAUUGGAAUCUAUUAUCGGUACACGGGGGGCAAGCAGAAGACGACAAAGGAGUACCUGAUGGCGGACCGGAGCAUGACGACGUUCCCUGUUUCCUUCAGCCUGAUGGCUAGCUUCAUGUCCGCCAUCUCCCUGAUGGGCGUCUCAAAUGAAUCGUAUCAGUUCGGGACCAUGUUUUGUGUCAUAAACAUCGCCUAUUGGAUCAGCACGCCCAUUGCCGCCUACAUCUUUCUGCCGGUCUUCUAUCGCAUGCAAACGACCAGUGUGUACGAGUACCUGGAGCGUCGUUUUGGCCAGGCCACCCGUCUGUGUGCCUCCUUGGCGUUCACAAUUCAAAUGAUCCUCUACAUGGGCAUAGUACUGUACGCACCAGCGCUGGCCUUGGAGGCGGUUACCGGCAUAUCGCGGAAUACAGCCAUAUUGGUUAUUGGACUAGUCUGCACAUUUUACUCGACGCUGGGAGGCCUCAAAGCGGUUCUGAUCACGGACGUCUUUCAGUCGUUUCUCAUGUUCGCUGCCAUCUUUGCGGUGAUAGCUGUUUGCGGGAUAAAGGCUGGCGGCUUGGGCGCGAUAUGGCAGGUGGCCGCGGAGCGUGGCCGAGUCGAGUUCACCGAAUUUUCACUUGAUCCAACGGUGCGGCACACCUGGUGGUGCCUUAUCAUUGGCGGCAUGGUCACCUAUCUGUCGCUCUAUGGCGUCAAUCAGACGCAGGUCCAGCGGCUGUUGAGCGUCCACAACUUGAAGAGUGCUCAGUCGGCGCUCUGGUGGAAUCUACCUAUAUUGGGGCUGCUAAGCUUCAGCACCAUAUUCAGUGGAUUGUCCAUUUUCUACUACUACCGCGACUGCGAUCCCUUGCUGGAGGGACGCAUCAAGUCGCGGGAUCAGCUGAUGCCUCUGUUUGCAGUGGACACCAUGGGUCAAUAUCCCGGCCUGUGUGGACUCUUUGUCUCGGGAAUAUUCUCCGCCAGCCUGUCUAGCAUUUCAUCAGCAGUCACGUCUCUGUCGGCCGUGACCUUGGAGGACUACCUCAAGCCAUUGUACAAGCUCAUCUUUAAGCGGACUCUAAUCGACUCCAAGUCCACGCUGCCCACCAAAGUUGUGGCCUUUAUAUAUGGCCUGAUCUGCAUUGGCCUGGCGUUCGGCGCUGGCUCCCUGGGCAGUGUCCUACAGGCCUCGCUUACCAUAUUUGGUGUCGUGGGUGGACCUCUGCUGGCAGUAUUCACACUGGGAGUCUGCACGACGCGCAGUAAUCAACGCGGCGUGCUCCUGGGCUUCAUGCUGUCGCUAGUCUUUGCCUUCUUCAUUGGCUUCGGUGGACCCAAACCGCAACCACAGACGCUCUCGUUCAGCACUUCAGGAUGUGGAAACACCACAACCACCACUCUUGUCGCAGAGGCUCUACGCCUGGCCACCGAGAGCAGUCCGGUUGCCCCAGAGCAGCAGUACAUGUGGCUUUACCGCCUCUCCUAUAUGUGGUUCAGUGUCCUCGGAUUCCUCAUCGCUUUGGUUAUUGGCUACAGUGCCAGCAGAGUUCUGACGUACUUAAAAUGGGCGGACAACUCACAAAUCUAUUUGGACAAGUACGGCAAGCAGCUGGACUACGACCUCUUUGCUCCUGUACUGUCCCGCCGGUGGCGGCGCCAAGAGCAGGAACGGGUCCAGUCCAUCCAGGAUGAGACAUUCACCAAACUAACAGAGCAAUAGUGUGCCGUCGCGAUAGCUUUAGUAGAAUCUAUUGAAAAAAUCACUCACCUACUCAGAAAACCGCUUUAGUCGUAGGGUUUUAGGUCUAAUUACUAAUGCUGAAUGUCGUACCUAAAAGUGCAUAACAAUGUGACCUGUGUGAACAAAGCCAGCAUGCAGAUGCGACCAUUACAGAGUCUUCCAUAGAGAAAUAAUUACAUAUAAUAAUUGUUAAUUACAGCGCCACAUAUGUUCACGCUUGCCGCCUACAUGUGCAUGUAUUUACUACCUCGUUGGCAUAAUCAACAGAUUGUUAUAUAUUGGGAACCCCUUAACUCGUUUGAAAUCCGACCAAGUGCUGGCCGAUCCUUUUGUUCUGAAUGCCAAGCAUUGACAGUCACAAUGCCUAACAUUCGUUUUUUACCAAUAUACUUAAUUUUAUUUAUUGUUCAGUUAAACAUAUAUAGUUAUAACAAUAAGUUCAGGGUUUCUAUAAUCUAACUGCGUGUAGGUAUAUAUUUUAUAAGCCGAGAGUAGCUCGGGUGAAUAUCAGGGUUUUAUAAAUGGACUACAGUGGACACCCCUAUUAAUAGUUAUUGAAAUGUUCCGAUUUAUGUGCGAGAGGUUGGGCAAUUUGUGACCUAUUUAUACAUACAAACACAUACAUAUACAUAUAUCUAUCUAUAUACACAAAUGUACAAAACUAUACAAUACUAGAUACGAGUACGAGUACGAGUAUGCGUACUGUGUCGUGUCGCCACCAAUUAUUGAAUAAUACUAUGUAUUUGUAUUAGCGAAUAGAAAAAAACUAUUAAAACGAAGUGUUCAAUGAUA